GGCCCCCGACCCCACCAUCCCGGCUUGGCUGCAGAGUCCCUGCCCCACAGUCCCCGCGCCCGGGUCUAGCGCGCGCGCGCUCUUAGGUCGCGGACCCGGGGCCGGGGCGUUGGGGGCUGAGGUCGGCAGCCGGAGAGAAAGAGACUUGGUGGAGACUCGAGCGCCUCUCUUCCUUCUCUCCUCCCCCACCUGGCCCUUACUCGCUUGCCGCGGGGCCCUGCAGUGUACCCGUCCCCCUUUCUGGGCCGUCCGGUUUGGUGAGGGCGCCUGGACCAGCGGGAAGGCUGCAGGAAAGAUCAUCUCAGAUAGAGGGAACUGCACGUGCAAAGGCAGAGAGAGUGCACGGGAGGUUUGCGCCUGAGCCCGGAGGGGAGCAGGUGAGGGCAAAUAACCCUCAAACUUGAAUGCCAUCCUAAGGAACGCUAGAAGCCACUGAGGGCCCCAACUGGACAGCAACCCCCCCACUCCCGCUUCUGUCUAGCCUGCACUGGCUUAGGGGGGUAGGGUGUCCCUGUGAACCAGGACACAGGCUCCUGGUGGAUAGUUAGCACUUGGGCACUAUUACAACUUUCAGCAUUGGGUAGUUUGUGGGCAAGGGACAGCACUCCAUAAAAUCUUGGGGGGUCCCUCCUGCUGCUCCACAGUAAGAGCCUUUCCCUUUGAGGCAGCAGGGUUCCAAGCCAGCCUGCAAAGAUAGGCCUGAGGAAGUUUCAAUCCCUGGCAAAUCUCUUUCCAGGCCCAAGGCCCUGGAGGAUCUGAGACACCUGGGCACCUGGAAAGGGAGGAACAGCCUAGACAGGUCCUGGAGGCAGCUCCUGCUGGGAUGGCAGCUCCAGCAUCUUUAAGGGCCAUGGGGGGUCCAGCCCCACCGGGAGCACCCUAGGACUCCCACCGCCAUCUGUGCACCUGCCCCCCACUCAUCUGUGGGCCACUCACCAUGGGUGGGUGUUUCUCCAAGCCCAAGCCAGUGGAGCUCAAGAUCGAGGUGGUGCUGCCUGAGAAGGAGCGGGGCAAGGAGGAACUGUCAGCCAGCGGGAAGGGCAGCCCCCGCGCCUACCAGGGCAAUGGCACAGCCCGCCACUUCCACGCUGAGGAGCGCCUGCCCGCCCCUCAUCCGUACCCCGGUGCUCAGGACUGUGUGGAGGCCGCCGUCUGCCAUGUCAAGGACCUUGAGAAUGGCCAGAUGCGGGAAGUAGAGCUGGGCUGGGGGAAGGUGUUGCUGGUGAAGGACAAUGGGGAGUUCCACGCUCUGGGCCACAAGUGUCCACACUACGGUGCACCCCUGGUGAAAGGUGUGCUGUCCCGCGGCCGGGUGCGCUGCCCCUGGCAUGGUGCCUGCUUCAACAUCAGCACUGGUGACCUGGAGGAUUUCCCUGGCCUGGACAGUCUGCACAAAUUCCAGGUGAAGAUUGAGAAGGAGAAGGUGUACGUCCGAGCCAGUAAACAGGCCUUGCAGCUACAGCGAAGAACCAAGGUGAUGGCUAAGUGUAUCUCUCCAAGUGCUGGCCACAGCAGCAGCACCAACGUGCUCAUUGUAGGCGCAGGUGCAGCUGGCUUGGUGUGUGCGGAGACACUGCGGCAGGAGGGGUUCUCAGACAGGAUUGUCUUGUGCACGCUAGACCGGCACCUCCCCUAUGACCGGCCUAAGCUCAGCAAGUCCCUGGAUGCACAGCCUGAGCAGCUGGCCCUGAGGCCCAAGGAGUUCUUCCGAGCCUACGGCAUCGAGGUGCUCACCGAGGCCCAGGUGGUUACAGUGGACGUGAGAAACAAGAAGGUCGUGUUCAAGGAUGGCUUCAAGCUGGAGUACAGCAAGCUGCUGCUCGCACCAGGGAGCAGCCCUAAGACGCUGAGCUGCAAAGGCAAAGAGGUGGAGAAUGUGUUCACCAUCCGGACGCCUGAAGAUGCCAAUCGCGUGGUGAGGCUGGCCCGGGGCCGCAACGCAGUGGUCGUGGGAGCUGGCUUCCUGGGGAUGGAGGUGGCCGCCUAUCUGACGGAAAAGGCCCACUCAGUGUCCGUCGUGGAGCUGGAGGAGACGCCCUUCAGGAGAUUUCUGGGGGAACGUGUCGGUCGUGCCCUCAUGAAGAUGUUUGAGAACAACCGGGUCAAGUUCUACAUGCAGACAGAGGUGUCUGAGCUGCGGGCCCAGGAGGGAAAGCUAAAGGAGGUCGUGCUGAAGAGCAGCAAGGUCGUGCGGGCUGACGUCUGUGUUGUGGGCAUUGGCGCGGUGCCUGCCACAGGCUUCCUGAGGCAGAGCAGCAUCAAUCUGGAUUCCCGAGGCUUCAUCCCUGUCAACAAGAUGAUGCAGACCAACAUCCCAGGCGUGUUUGCAGCUGGCGAUGCUGUCACUUUCCCCCUGGCCUGGAGAAACAAUCGGAAAGUGAAUAUCCCACACUGGCAGAUGGCUCAUGCCCAGGGGCGUGUGGCGGCCCAGAACAUGCUGGCGCAGGAGGCGGAGAUCAGCACCGUGCCCUACCUGUGGACAGCCAUGUUUGGCAAGAGCCUGCGCUACGCGGGGUACGGAGAAGGCUUCGACGACGUCAUCAUCCAGGGAGAUCUGGAAGAGCUCAAGUUCGUGGCUUUUUACACCAAAGGCGAUGAGGUGAUUGCUGUGGCCAGCAUGAAUUACGAUCCCAUCGUGUCCAAGGUGGCUGAGGUGCUAGCCUCAGGCCGUGCCAUCCGAAAGCGGGAGGUGGAGCUGUUUGUGCUACACAGCAAGACCGGCGACAUGUCUUGGCUCACAGGGAAAGGAUCCUGAGCUCGCAUGCAGCAGACUUGGGCAGGCACGCUGGGGCACCAGGGACAGAGGCCAAGCCUUGGGGGCAGGUGCCAAUCUCCAAUUUCCCAGGAUCCCCCAGGGCAGAACCUGAGCCUUCCCAGUGCUUGCCUUCGGUUGCCUGGCUCACCUCCAGAGAGGCCUCUGCUGCCUCUGGGAGAUGCUUACCCCCCCCAAGGCCUCAGCUGCCACUGAUGGCUGGCAAUGGAGGCAGGACAGGCCUGUCCUCUUCUCCCUUCCUUGAGACUGGUUCCCAACAGGACCCUGCAACAUAUUAGAUACUAUCUUAAAAUUAAAACGCACACAUUUGCA